ACACUAAUUAAAUUAACCAUGAAGAUUGCAAUUGUUUUCCUCCUCGUGGGCCUCAGCUGUAGCUUUGCUUCUGCUGGUUUGUUACCGUGCACUGGGACGCUGACAAAAUCUGAAGCAGAAGCAGCGGUUCAGGCUUAUGUGAACUUUAUUGCCGAUUAUCAAAAAGUAAAGUUCACGGGUGCUGAAAAUUCACCUACAAAUCUUCCCAUAAAGAUAUGCCUUGUAACAGAUCUCUUCAAUGUUGUGAAAAUGCUGGCUGCUUUCAUGGAUUGUGAUCCAAACCUAGUCUUUGCAGAAUUGUUGAACUGCCUUACGGGGCUUGACGACCAAACCAAAGAAUACUUGAAGAAAUGUUUCGCAAACAAUGACUAUGCUGGAACUGCACAACUUGUGAUACCUAUUAAAGUAUUCUCUGACGCUACUUGCUGCUUAAUGAAUAAGUUAUAUAAUGAACAAGGUUUGGAUCUUAUUGGUAUUUUCAAUUCAGUGCUCAGUUCUGCGCUUUAUGCAGGUCUAGGAGUUACUAAUUUCCUUACAGGGAUUAUUGCCUCAGCACUUGGAACUACAGUUGGUUCUGGUGGUCUCCUGAAACCUCUUAAUGCUGUUGGUGAUCUUCUUAAAGGUGUUGCUAAUGCUCUUUGAGCAACCUGCAGUGCUAAUAACAGGCACCACAAUGAUUGGCCUGAGAAGAAGAAAGUGAUCUGUCCUCUAUGAAUCUAUCCUGAUGAAUUUUCUAAAUAACUGUCAACGAUUUACUUUGAUUACUGUUUCAAAAUGAAUAAAGUAGACAUAUAGAACUGCA